GCACCAAUGUUCUCCACGAGGAUAUUCAUAGAAAGAUGGGUGGCAUGACACGUCUUCUGCUUUUACUCUGUGCUGGUGUGACAGCGAGCACAGCUGUGGAUCUACAGAAGAGAAUUGUUGGAGGUAGACCAUGUCCAAAAAAAACACGUGAUUACCAUGUUUAUGUGGAAGGAUUUAAUGGGAGUCAUUACUUCAUGUGUGGUGGCUCUCUGAUCAGUGACCGCUGGAUUCUGACUGCAGCUCACUGCUUGAAGAGAGAUGUAACUGCAUAUGUAGGUCCAGGUCUUAUAAAAAUGGAUAUCAUACAACAUGAGACCUUCAAAGAAAACGGAAAUGGAAAUGAACAUGACCUCAUGCUGCUGAAGCUACGUGACUCCACUCAAAUUCAACCUGUAAAAUUUCCAACCACUGCUGAAUGUGCUAAACGUACCAAACUACAAACAGUCGAGAUUGCAGGUUAUGCAUCCAAGUUCAAGGGUCCAAAUAAUGAAAGAGGAGAUGACAGACCACAAACUCUGCAGUGUGCAGACAUUCCCGUUGUCAGCUGUGAGACCUCUAGGAAGUGUUUGCAGGACAGUCUUCACCCAGAUGACCUGUCCAGACUCUACCAACGCUGGUUCUGUGGACAAUCUGAUACAGUGGAUAUAUCUCUAGGAGACUCUGGUGGAGGAGUGGUGCACGGUUCCAAGAUUUACGGGGUCAUUAGUUUCACGAUGAAUGGUACUCAUGCUUGUGUUGCACCAGCUGCAUUCAUGGAUGUCUGUCAACCGAGAUACAAGGACUGGAUCAGGAGGAUGACGGGUUUGCGAACCAUCUAACCCUCCAUGUAUGAAUUUAGAGUGAAAUGUCCCCUCAUUCAAGAGACAUUCACAUGAAUUGGAGUAGUGAGUUUCUUUACAUUUUCAAUUGAUAAAUGUUAAUUUAAUAACUAUUAGGCCUAAAGUUUUUAUUAUUAAGCCCUUCACUCUGCUAAUGUUGCUGAGUGCUGUGCUCUUGAUGGAUUAAUGUUGGGUCUUUGUCGAUAUAAAUAACAAAGAGUAAGGUCUUUUACCUGCUCCUGUUUAAAUGUGUCUCGAGAUAACAUUUGUUAUGAAUUGGUGCUAAACAAAUAAAGAUUGACUGACUGAUCAGAUAAAUAUAAUUACACUUUUAAAACAUAACUAUCAAUAUAUUAUCACCUGUUCAGAUUCAUACUGUUAUACUUUGGGGGGGGAAAGAAAACAUGUCUAAAAUUGUGUAUUUUGCUUGUAACUAUUUGGUCUUGUUCUCAAUUCUUUAAGAAAUAAAUCAAACGUGACUCCUUUUUAACAAUUGUGAAUUGAAAAUAAAAUGAAGA